CCAUCACACAAACUGCCUUUUCGCAUUAAAGGACAUGUGCCGAGGAAAAAGUAAAGAACCGAGAACGAUCUGGGACAACUAGAAAUGGUGAUGGCAACUUCAUGAGGACAUUUCCGAGAGUUGUCAGCGCUGGACUCUGUUAAAGAGGAAUAGUUGUCUUGAACCAGAAAAGUUCCGGGCAUUCUUUUUUAUUUUUUUCGAAUGCUUGGAGUGCUUUUUGUUGUGAAAAGACCCUAUUACGUGGUCGGCCUAUUAGGGCAGAGAGUUAUUCAAACGGGGCUUGCUCCGGCUCGCUGUCUGGGUCGACCCAAUUUUUGGCAACGUCCUCCGAGACGUUCUACUUCUUAUUCCAUCAAAAAGCAAAUAUGGGACUGGGAUUGGAGUGAGAACGAAGGGCGGCGUCGGAAAGGUCAAUCGAUGCUUGGUUAUAUUACGAUUGUGUGCGGCCACCUUGAGAUCAUCGUUAUUCGUUGUGAUUCACGGGGGCCCCAUGGAAACGACCAAGAAUAAAAUAAAAUGCGUU